UUGUUGUACCUCUCGUGUCCUUCACGAGCGUUCACUGGCUUCACUAGGAAAGCGCUGAUGUGACAACCAAGUGGAUGCAGCAUCACAUGCACACAGUGUGUUUGUACAUCAGUGCUUUUUAUCCAGGUCAUCCUCUGAGCAGCGCGCUGACUCCCACCAACGAGCCCUGCUCCCAAUGUUUACUUCUUCAGCAUGUCUGCUCCAGCCUGCAGAGAGGAGUCGUGUGUUGCUUUGUUGAGGAUGAUGAUCGGAUGAGAGCUUAUUAAAGAGCCAUCAUGCUUGCUCGGUACAUCUUCAAACUGCUGUACGGAUAAAAACAACAGACAGCUGCAGGUUGAGCAUUUGGACAGCUUCCUCUCUCUGGCAGCCUUCUGUUGUCGACACUCUCAGAUCCUCCUCCUCGGCUCCAUGAUGGCGAUGUUUCGGAGCUUUGUCUCUGCGAGCACUCAGCUCCGCCAGCAGCAGCAGCAGCAGCAGCACCCCAGCAGCGGCGCAGGAUCCCUGGCUGCCCCGGCGGAGGGCAUCGAGAGCCAGUUCUCCUGUCCCAUCUGCCUGGAGGUGUACCAUAAACCCGUCAGCAUCGCCAGCUGUGCUCACACGUUUUGCGGGGAAUGUCUGCAGCCGUGUCUUCAGGUGACCUCGCCCCUCUGCCCUCUCUGUCGCGUCCCCUUCGACCCUAAGAAAGUGGAGCGCUCCUCCAGUGUGGAGAAGCAGCUGGCCUCGUACAAAGCACCCUGCAGGGGAUGUAGCAAGAAGGUGUCUCUGGUAAAGAUGAGGUCUCACAUUGCUUCCUGUUCUAAAGUACAGGAGCAGAUAGCCAACUGUCCCAAGUUUGUUCCUGUUGUACCCACCUCCCAGCCUAUACCAAGCAAUAUACCGAACCGGUCAACAUUUGUGUGUCCGUUCUGUGGGGCCAGAAACCUGGACCAGCAAGAACUGGUGAAGCACUGUAUGGAAAACCACCGUAAUGACCCUAAUAAAGUGGUGUGUCCAGUGUGUUCAGCCAUGCCAUGGGGAGACCCCAGCUACAAGAGCUCAAACUUCCUCCAGCAUCUCCUCCACAGACACAAGUUCUCCUACGACACAUUUGUUGACUACAGCAUCGAUGAAGAGGCAGCACUGCAGGCAGCUCUGACACUAUCACUGGCUGAAAACUGACAACAGUCACACCACCACCACCACCACCAUCCUCUCACCCUUAGCUCCAACUCCACCUUUACUGCACUGCUGCUGCUCCUCCAUGACUCAGAAGGUAUCAACAGACUGACCCAGCCAGGCACACACACACACACACACACACACACACACACACACACACACACACACACACACACACACACACACACACACACACACACUCCACAGAAAACCACAUCACAGAGUCCAGCCAGCUUCAUGGAGAUAACUUUGCUCCCGUUCCACACCAAGGAUGUUUGUCCUGUCGUAGCAGAGCGACUAGUUUUCUGUGCUACGGUUCAAAAGCAGGAUGGAGAUGUCGUCUCUGCUUUGUUGGAUUUGAGGAAAGAAAAUGCCCCGUGGGUUUGGAAGGGACCCAGAGACCUUCUCUAAAUAAGUUCCUGACAGAACCCAUCACACUAACCUUAAACCCAGCUUAGAAACAACGCCUCCACUCACAGCUGUCAUCUGGACCACCACAGCAUGAAGGGCUACCUCCACGGUAAACUGUCGCAUCUCUGACUAUAGAAGAACCUGUUGACUCUGAAACCCUCAUCCUGGUUCAGGUCUUUGACCACUUGUCACAUGCUAAGAUGUCCUAACUGCUGGUAGUCACUGUAACUCGUUUGAUGUCUGAGAAAUCGUGAGUGUCUCACACAGUGAGGUCUGCAGGGGUCGGGUUCGAACAGGCACAUUUGCUUAUUACAGAAGUGAGCCUGCAAGAGAAGAUGAGACAGCAUUCUGCAGAGAUACACAGAAAACACAACAGAUCAAAAGUUCAUAUUUUGCAUUUACCAAAGUGCAAACAAACAAACACAGUCCCAGCACGACCUUUUGACCAAUCACACGGCAGAAGAGUCCAUCGUGUCACUCAGUGUAGAAGUGAAUGCUUUCCGGAUGCUUGUUGACUGAGCUGCUCGUAGUGUGGUUGUAUGACAUCUUUGAAUGGCUACGAUCCAUAAAGAGAAAGAUUCAGCCCCAAAGCACCGUGCUGAGUGAGUGAGGCUCCAACACCACAGAUUCUCAUGUCUCUAAUAAACCUCUGUCUGGGACGAGCAGACAGAUCUCUGAGCAGAGGACGCACAGGCGGAUGCUUGUGUCUGUGAUAUCAUAUUAAAGUUUUAUUACAGUGUUUAGUAGCUAAAAUAAGAACAGAUGUUAUUAUGUCAUGCAGUGAAAAAAAUGUGGAAAAGAGUGUAAAUGAUAUAAAAAGAAGUAAGAGUUGAAAGAGGUAUUUUAAAUAUGAAUAAACAGGUUGUGUUAUAUAAAGUGAGCUCACUGUUAAUUUAUGAAACCCACCUUUAAUGUUCUGAAUAGAAAAUAAACACAUAAUGUUGUUCCAUAAA